AUGAGCGCCUCGCUGCCCACCAGCCAACAUGGCGGACUUUGAUACCAUUUAUGAGUUAGAGGAUGACGACGACGAACGCGUAGUCAUCGAGGAACACUUAUCCAGAUACUUCCCGGAGCCUGUGGUGAUGCGCGGGGCCGGCCACAUCACAGUGUUUGGGCUGAGCAACCGCUUUGAUACAGAGUUCCCCUCCGUUCUCACGGGAAAGGUGGCGCCGGAGGAGUUCCGCACCAGCGUGGGCCGUGUCAACGCCUGCCUGAAGAAGAACUUGCCGGUGAACGUCAAGUGGCUCCUGUGCGGCUGCUUGUGCUGCUGUUGCACGGCCGGGUGCAGCCUGUGGCCCGUCAUCUGCCUCAACAAGCGGACAAGACGCUCCAUUCACAAGCUGCUGGAGUGGGAGAAUAACAGAUUGUACCACAAGCUGGGCCUGCACUGGAAGCUGAGCAAAAGAAAGUGUGAGAGCAGCAACAUGAUGGAAUAUGUGAUUCUUAUAGAAUUCUUACCCAAGUAUCCCAUAUUGAGACCCGACUGAGGACCGCGGCCCCCUCCUCUUCUCUUCAGUGCCUUGUGGGAAGGAACUUGCAACACUGUCACUUUUUGCUUGGGAGCGCAUUUUGCACAUUUUCUCCAGUCCACUCCUCUACCCCCACCCCCCCCAAUGCAACCCUCCGCCUUGCGCUUCCACGUCAGAGGAAGAAGCAGCAUCAACCUGGACGUCACCUUUUGUGUUUUUCCCUCUUUUAUGUGGAAGACACGCUUGAAGUUUGCCCAAAGCGGAAAAGCCAGGGGGUGUCCAAGGUGGGGGCGCUUUGAGGAAUUGGGAGAAUAAAAUGAAAGAGGACCCACGUGAAAAUAUUACAAAGGAGGUUUGCUGCCGCACUAAAAGGAAAAAAAGGUUUCCUGCAUGCGGUUCUUGGUGGUGGAGGAAAAGUUUGGACGCCCCUGGCCAAAACGUCCAAUGCUCGUCGUCAUCAUCAUCAUCAUCAUCAUCAUCAUCACCAUUACCCUCCCGUCUUUCCUUCCUGUGUAGACUUGACGUGUUGUUCUUGUGAACUCUUAUCAUCCAUGUGCAUUGUUUACAUCCCGUACUCCACUUAGUAGCUGAGAUGAGCUGUACUGCAGUGGGACCUGUUUACCCCCCAAGCCAUAAAUACAGUAUGUACACUGUACAGUACACGCUGUAGUACAGCCUUUCAUAUGUAUGUACACUGUACAGUACACGCUGUAGUACAGCCUUUCAUAUGUAUGUACACUGUACAGUACACGCUGUAGUACAGCCUUUCAUAUGCCACAGUUGGGCCUGAUGGCGCCAGUGUUUUUGCCAAUAACUUUGAGCCACGCCCACUAAAGUAUUUUUGUGCAAGAUUGGAAGCGUGCACGCGCGCUCAUUUCACGAUUUUUAUUUAUUUCACCUGUUUUUAUUGAGCCCAACAGUGGGAUUUGUUAAAGGAGCACAUGGUUGCUUUGUUUGAGUCCAGUGUCGCCACAUCCGUUUGUACUUCGAGUGCCUCUCCCAUACUUCAACCACACCUCCUCCUUUUCCUCCUCCUCCCUUCCUCACUGCUUGUCAAUGUUUGUCAAAAAAUAAAAAAAAGACCAAAUCCCUACAAAGAAAUAAACUCAUUUGGACUUUUGUCAGCUUGUCUUCCCUUCACUGCUCCUUUUUCCACUCGGCUCCCGUGUGCACCUCAUCCGAACCCUGACAGGACGCCAUGGAGGGAAAACAACCCAGCAGCC